CUGAUUCUCGCCAGUGCUGCUGGAGACACCGAGGGGAGAGGACGCAUCGCAUUCGCUCCAGGACUCGGCACCUCCUCCUCGCAUCUCCUCCAGCAAUCUAGCUUGUGUGGGUUACCUGGCUAUGUUUCACGUGUUAAACCGAGGACAGCUAUAGUGGUAGUGGGCGUUAGAGCCAGUGGGCGGUGAGAGUGGGCUAAAAGGAAAUAGUGGUUAGUGGUGAAUAAAGAAAAUGUCCAGAAUGAAGCUGCGUUUCCUGAGACAUUUGGUGAUACAGAUAUGUUUUGCUCUCGCUAUGAUCGUCACCGGCUGCGUCGCCAACCCGGACGCCAAGCGGCUCUAUGACGACCUCCUCAGUAACUACAACCGCCUCAUAAGACCCGUCUCGAAUAACUCGGAGAAGCUCACCGUGAAGCUCGGGCUCAAGCUCUCUCAGCUCAUCGAUGUGAAUCUCAAGAAUCAAAUUAUGACAUCCAACGUGUGGGUGGAACAGAACUGGCACGACUACAAGCUCCGUUGGAACCCCGAUGACUAUGGAGGCGUGGAGAUGCUCUACGUCCCCUCGGAGCACAUCUGGCUGCCCGAUAUUGUGCUCUACAACAAGUGAGUACAAAGGCUAUUUUCCUGUGUCUCGCCGGUAGGAUUGUCGUAUUUACUACUGUAGUUGUGA